CGCAUGCAAGUGCGCAUCAGAUGUAUCGGUAGUGUGUCGUAUUCGUUUCACUCGCAACUCUUUCACGUUUCACUAUCCCGGUGUACAUAUCUUUCUAUGCAUUCAUCACCGCUAUCCAUUCGACCGUGCGUCACUUUGUGAGUGAACUACGUUAGUCAAAAGUUUCCUAACAUUUCUUUGGUACAGCGUUAGAAAUGAGGCUUUUCGAGGAGAAAGAAGAACUCGCAUAAAACGAAAUACGGAGAAUUUUUUGGAGGAACGUAAAUUAAUGGUUCUACAGAGAUACAUCGCAAAACAAGAGUCAAUGUGUGCGCCGUGACGUUUUUCAACAGAGAGAACUGCCGCUUCUUGUUACACGAGAGAGAAGAUAAAAAGAAGAGGAUAGAGACGCCGCGACACGGGAAAGACGAGCGCAAGAGGAGACAAUUGAAGUGCGCGUGUGCAAGAGUGCGUGGCGCGCUGGCGGAAGCUCGAUGUAUCUUAUGUUUUUUGCAGAACUGCAUGCGCGAGCUGGUUAUUUGUCGUGGAUUUUUCCAUCUCCUGAAUUGGUUCUGGAACCGGGGCAUGGUUCGAACAUAACGAGAUUGUGAUCCUCGUUCGAAUUACGAAUCAUUCGAAUGGACAGAGUCAGACAAGAUAGUUAGACGGGACUCUGGAAAGAGCGGUAGACGAACGAGACAGUGCAACAGAAACAAUUCGAAAGUAAAAGGUGACAGAAGAGGGAAAAGAAUAUUUGCCAACGAUCCAGUGACUGCCUAUCGUGUUGCAUAGUUUCAUCGUUGCAUAGUGGCCGUAAUGUGCAUGCGUGCAACGUGCACGUGAACGAAAAGGAUAAUAUAGAAACAUGGGCUAUCUGCGCGCGCGCGUGGUUCUCCCGCGAAAAUGCGAUACGAGAGGUUAGUACUCGUCGCGUGAUUUCAAGUAGUGUGCGUUCACUUACGAGGCGCGUAUAACGCGGCAAUUUCUCAAAUAUCUCGGUAAAAUUGUGUAAUACGAUAGACAUAUAAAAUUAUAAUUCGAAGAUAUGUGCAAUAUGCAAGUGAUCUUAUGCUCCUGUUGGUUAUCUGUGUCAACUAAUUGCUGAGAAUUUGAAAGUAUAACGGACAUUCUUCUCAGUAGGAAGCAGAUUUUUUAUUUCAAUAAUACCACGAUAAUUACCCGAAGCUUUAGUGUUUCACGAAGUCAUCUCGCUUAUUUAUAAGGCGUUCUUUUUUUCCGUGUUGCAGGACGUGAAACUCGCGUUGGAUGGGAGAAAACGGUGCCGAGGAUCGGUCCUCCGCGCCUCGAAGUGACACGACACAUCAUUUCGACUAAGCACAAGAUACUGGAUAGUCAGCGAAGUGAAAAUCCUAGCGCAGAGUCAUACAUUAAAAUGGCUCUCUGAAGAUUAUUCUUUGUGACGUGAAGUCUCUGAAUUGAAGCUUACCUAUGUACCGUGAAGAGGACGAACAGAACAAAACCGCGAAUCCGACUGUCCAACGGUCAAGUGGCACGAACACGUUCGAGCACCAGGAUCAUUCGCAAGACAGCAUGGAGAACGGUGGGGACGAGGCGAGCUCCAAACGUAUGCAAACGGAUGCAUCCUCGUCCACGAACGACACGCCGAAGCCACGUGCACCGCGGAAUUGCCAACGAUGUCGCAAUCAUCGCCUGAAGAUCACUGUAAAAUCGCACAAAAGGUACUGCAAGUACCGAUUCUGCGAGUGCGACAGGUGUAAGGUCACGGCCGAUAAGCAACGAGUGACCGCGAUGCAGGCAAAGCUGAGACGACAACUGGCGCAGGAUGAAGUCAAAGUUAGAGUGGCAGACGAGAAAAUGAAGAAGACGAAAGUUUGCAGAUCAUAUGAAACGGUGGAUCCACUGCCAUUCGGUGUAGAGAACGAGCGAGUUUCGUCUAUCCCUCCAGCCAGAAGUAUCGAGGGUAGCUACGAUAGCAGCAGUGGCGAUUCACCGGCCAGCAGCCAUGGUAGCAACGGCAUACACACAGGUUUCGGCGGUAUCAUCAGUAUUCCUCCUUCCAGAAAAUUGCCCUCGUUGCAGCCUCAUAUCGGCCACUUACCGCAGCCACUAACCAGUGAAAGUGUAGAACUCCUGCUGGAGCACAGUACCAAGCUCGUAGAACUCUUCCAAUAUCCUUGGGAAGCGAUAUUGUUGAUGUACAUCAAUUUAAAAUAUGCAGGAGCUAAUCCCGAGGAAGUAGUGAGGCGCAUGGUUGACGUUUCGAUAGUCUUCUGUCCGAAAAAUUUCACUUGGAAUUCGAUUUUACGUAAAAUUCUUUCGUUUAUCGUAAAUUUAUCGCCUGCUUGAACGUGCAUAGGACGCGGUCAUUUGAAAAUUUUGGGAAGUAUUUUGAAAAUCGUAUUGGUGAAAGAAAAAUUCUUUUAGACAUUCGUUCCCGUGGUUGCUUACUUUCUUUGAUAAAGUGACGAAGUUUAGUAUAAUUGUGGUGGUUCUACGAUUGGAAGACGUGUUUUUUUUUUUUCUCUUAUGGAUAGUUGGCGAGCGAGUGGAUGUUGCAACGUAAUGAAAUUGGCAACAUUUAAACACAUUAUGUAGGAGGUUGAUCCACUUCCUUCGUUAUUCUGAUGUCAAACUACGCCAAAAACAUGUUUUGUAUCUCACAGUCUUUAAAAGGAUAAUUAAAAGAAUUUGAAAGGCAUGAUCGUUUCAAAAAUAGCCCACGAUACCAGUGAAAAUUAUAAUACAUAAAUUGGAGCAUUUAAUAUUUUAGCUUCCAGAUGAUUAAGAAACAAAAUUCAAUGUUCAUGAAAUUUAUCACAAGAUUCAUUUAAUAUUGGCCUCUUUUUCUCUUGUGCAUCAGCUUAUGAAUAGAAGUUAAUUAACAAAACGAAAUAAAUAUUUUCCAAAUGAUAUUAUAAAAAUUGGCAAUCACGUUACUUCGAAAAAUUCAAUCAUUGGUAUUUUCUAGCUAAAUUACUACAAGACUAGUAUAAAUUUGUAUAGCUUGUUGAGUUCUUCAAGAAGUAAUUUAGAUUCGAAGAUACGGACGUUUCAAAUUGUUACAAUAAAGAAAUAUUCCUGGUUCGGACAGGAUGAGUAAUCUAAUUUGGCGUCGUUUGACGAGUAGGGUGAUUUACUGGGACGACAAUCUGCUGGUGCUUGGUGCCAAUUUCGUCGUGUUUGCGGCUCUCCACAUUUUCGCUAAUAAGAAUGCAUUUCACGUCUCGUUAGUUGAGUACGCGUAAUCGUCAUGCUCGAAGAUCCUUCAGGAUUGAAAGUGAUUCUUGGAGGUUAUUUGGUUUAACACCCGAAGAUUCGUUCGUGUGUGUAAUUUUGGUCUACACAGGAAGAUUUGGUUUAUAAUGACGUCGACAGCGGCAAUCACUGCAUUGAAACACGCAUUGAUCCGCGAAUAAGACGUAAGAUAGUCGAAGAAUUUUUAAAGCCAGCAACGAAAUUCGGAAUAUGCACUUCUUGAAGACGGUGAGAAUGACUCAACCUAGUCGACCGUAUCGUUGCACCGCGGCAUGCGCUGCACCCACGGGACUGCCAACAGGACCGCCAACUUACGAGGGUCAUGUGCCCUACAUAGGGGUUGUACCACCUCCGAAUCCUGUCCACUACAGGCCGUUUUUGCAGCCUGAGAAUGCUCAUAUACCAGGUACUAGAAUACCGUCCAGCCCAGAUGGUCCUCCACAACAUUCUACGUAGCCUCGAUCGAUUACCAACCAGUCAGUGAAGUAAAACGUCUGGAAGAACAGGUCGAACCCAAAGAGAAAUGACUAUGGCGAGGAGGGAAAAGAAGAGUAAGAAGAAGAAGAAAAAGAAGCGUGUUGCGUAGGGAAUCUUUUUUAAGGAGGGAAGCAACGAGCACGGAGAACGUUCUCUGUUCCAUGAGCAUUCUCCCAUCAGUCGGACCGCUCAGAUGUUGCAUCAUCGAACGACUAAAAUUCACCGAUCAAUCGAGAUAAUCUGUGUUGUAAUUAUCAGACGCAUUUACGUAACGUCGAUUUAGCGGGCAAGUAUGUCAGGGGCGAAUGCAACACUUUCGAUUCGUCGAUCUAGAAAAAUAGAAGUCCGAAUGCUUCGUCCGAUCGAAAAUCUCUUGACACUUAUAGAACGCUUGUGGAAAAUGUCACUGUUACACGAAGAGCUCAGAAAUCAAUCAACGUAAGUCACUUCUCAUCAAAGACAACUUGUAUCACGAGUAUCGCAAGUAUGCUUUUGUUAUCAACACGCCGGCAUAUUUAAUAUUAAUAUUUACUUCGUUUUUUGAACUUUUUCAUCGUUUUUUUUUUUUUUACUAAUGUAAAAUAAGAUUUUUUUUUUCUAUUCCAGAAGUAAAAUAAUUUUAGCGUUUCUUGUAUUGAAGAUAAAUUUUUUUCAUACUAGGUCUUUGAGGAGCUAUUCUCUAUCGUUGGGGGUGGAAACGCAAGUUCCUGCUUGGUGUGUUGAAAAAGCUAUUAGUCGAUGGAACAGUUUAGUUAUUAUAAUAGUGAGAAUUAUGUUAUAACGAUCGUAUAAUAACGACUGAACUGUGUUUUGUCAACGAUUACAUGGUACAAGUAACACGUUGAUUAGUUUCUGAGUCGUCUGUAUCUCUGAUAGCUGCAACGAAAUCACAAGUCAAAAUUUUCACAAAUUCACAAGUCGUCAACAUAAUGUAAAUCGCUUCGAAAUGAUUAAAUUUUCUUACCGUUUCGACACACCGAAGGAAAGAAACAAGUACGAAAGCCACACCGACUGAUAAAGGAGGAUGCGUAUCGUUCACGAACGAUCGACGGAGACAAUCGAUGCUCCAUGGUCCCUUGGCGCUGUUCGGACAACAGCGUUGCGAUUCGAGCCUCGUGUUUCGAACACAAAAGGGAUCCAACCGCAAGCAAAAUCCAUAGAGCGAGAGAAAAAGAACGAACGAGAAAAAGAGAAUACGUGUUGUGUUCCGCGGGUUCCUUUCCGUCAUUGUUUUCCUUUUCUUUCCUUUUUCCUUUCACGUUGACCGAGAGAGCAAGAAAGUCAUGAAGGUUUUGUGAGCGGAUCGUGGGAUGCCAGGGUUCACGGACAAUGAACACCUCGGGCGUCCUUCGUCCUUGCAUGUCCUUCGACUCGUCGAUCCUUUUCUCACCUCCUGUGUUCCGUUUUCUCUUUCCGUUUUUAUCUUUUAUCUUUCAAUUUGUUCCUUUCGAUGAAUAUUUCACCCCCUUUUUCUCUCUCUCUCUCUCUCUCUCUCUCUCUCUCUCGGUCCAGAAUAACAACACGUUGUACAGACUCGAAACGAGGAACGCACGUUGGAGCUCGUUCGUACAAUUAUGAGAGACGAUGGUCACCGACCGGUUGCCGAUGCUCAGUCGUCCGUGAACGAGAUCGUUCGACAGUCAUUUUCGACGAUCAAGUAACGUCGUGUGCUGUGAAACCUGCCAAUCUACGACCAACCAAGCUCUCCUCCGGCUACAUUGAAGUUUCUCGUUCUUUUGCCUCUUCGACUCGCCGUUUCUCUCCUUUCCAAUUAAACGUGCUUUCGUUCCGUUCGCGACGGAUGACAAGCAUCGACGAUCACUGUUCUUUGUCUCGAUAUAUACAAUAUAUACGACGACACGAUUUUAUUCGCGAAGGAUAGUAUCAUUUAACGUUCGCCACGGCACGUAAUCUCGAAACAGAUUCCUUCGAUCAUCGUGCUAACCUCGCUUCGCGCGAUAAUUGAGCUCGCACGUAUUCGAGGAAGGCUAAUACGGGUUACGGUGUCCAUCGAAAGAGAACAUAUGGCGACAAGAACGUGUUAGAAGAUUCGUAACGAUCAUACCUGUUUGCUUAAGCUCCAGCAAAUCGGAAGUUUGGAUUGCAACUCUUGUGAGGAUAGGUAAUAAUUUUGUUCCAAUUCCAGUAAUCUCGAAUCCUCCGACAAGGGAAACGGAAUAGAAGGAACAAACUAUUCAAUUAUUUCACUGACAGCUUUAAAUUACGCUGAAUUUGAGAUUGAUUGCAUGACUGGGUGCAACUGGACGAUUUCAGUUUUUACCAAUUCUAUCGAUUGUUUGAAGAACAGAGAUGUGAAAGAGGGAUUCGACGAAGUGUUCCGCGGAGUAAGAGUUCGCGUGCUUCACGCGAUCCGUACGAAUUUUUGCCGUGCGAAUCUACCGAUCUCGCCGCGCAAUUUUCAUUCGAUCAAUGCUACGUCGACGAAUUCUAAUUCUAACCGCACACUUGGUCGAAACUGAAACAAAAGAUCAGUUUCGACAGAGGAUCUUGAGCGGUAACAUUGAGAAUUGAUUUCGUACUUCGCUCGUUUCGAUAGAAACGUACGAACUUUUUGAGUAAGCAGGUGCCGCGAGCACUGUUUCGUUCUCGCGAAGAGUGUGCGAUUGCGUGUCAAAUCGCGCGAUCGUGCAAGGUGUGUUGCAUUACGCGGAAUAAUAGAACUCGUGGCACAUUUUCUACGAAGCGGUCUACGGGAAGCAAUUAUCACACGCGUUGGACACGGGUGAAAAAAGAUGUACCGGGCGCACAAACGAGAAAAAUCGACGGACGUCUUAGUUGCUGGGGCGCAAGGAUGUAGCAAAAUCGUCCGCUGAAAAACUGGUCGUUCUAUCUCUUGGUAAAUUAAUUUUCAAAUAAGAACACCGAGGCCUGCCUCCUCGAUAUGCUGUUUCAUUCUCUGCAUCCUUCUUCCCCUCUUGCGCCGCCUCUUAGUUUCUUGUGCGUGGGACACACAGCCUGGUUACUCCAUCUUUCUCUUCUUUCUCUCGUGCUUCACCCUUUUUCUCUUUCUUUUCUUUUUUUUUCUUUUUUUUUCUUUUUUGCUUUGGUUUUUUUUCGUGUAUAUUCGUACCACGGGGAACACGUUCCGAGCGAAAAUCCGAUGUCCAAACCUGAUUGGUUCUUACUUGCGCGGAGCUUAAUGAUUCGCCCCGUUUAAACGAAUUUGCGGUUCUGUAAACGAGCAUGCGUGCCACCGAUGCUUACCACUCCGGUAUCAGUGUGCAACGUCGGCCUGUGCGUUUCAUUUACACGCCGGCGUCUACAGAGUAGUUCCUCUUCUUUUUGUUUUUCUCUUUUCUUUUCUUUUUUCUUUUUUCUCGAUCCGCCUCCCUGGAAUGUAUAAUUGCACCAGUAGAAAGAGAGAGAGAGAGAGAGAGAGAGAAUUCGAUCGAAGAAACUGUCUACGGACAGAUUGAGCCUGAAUAAUUAUCAAGAAGCCAGGCGGAAGAAGGAAGGUUGAUAUAUUUUUUCUUCUUCCAAUCCAUUUUUGCGAGAUAUAAUUGCAUCCAUGGACAAAAGACGAUCCGUAUUCGAUCGAUCCGUUCGCCGAUAGAUCGCUGUUUAAUUAGUAUCGAGAAGGUAGACGGAAGUUGGUUGUAACAUUUCGUUUUCUUUUUUUUUUUUCAAUCCAUUAUUGAACACGCCCGUGGGCAACAAAUUCGAUCGAAGAAAUUGUCCGUGGAUAAAUCGCGUUUGAUAACGUCGAGGGGGUAGGCGGAAGUUGAUGGCGGUAGUUGGCAAUUGAAUAUGUAUUUUUAUAUCGGGUAAAAGGAACAACACUGGACGAUGAUACAGAAAAUGAGGACAUUCGAUACGCAUUAACGACGCCAGGAGAUAGAUUGAUCGUGGUAGGUGGAAGUCGUUUUUGCGAACUUGCGUUUCCAAAUGCGCUCUCGCAUCGGCGAAAUUGCGCCAUCGAAUUAAAAGAAAAAUGGCGCGAUACGUGACUGGCGUGGCAGAAAUUGGCACGGUCGCACGCUCGAAGUGAAACGAACGAAUCUAUCCGACUGUUUCUCUUUUGCGAAUGAAUCGUGGCGAGCAACGACUGCGGUUGAAAUAUCGUGUGUGGUCGAUGUGUCGAAAGGGAAUAUCUUAAUUUCGCCAUUUUCCUUCCUUCUUUUCUUUUUUUCUCCUUUUUCUUUACUCUUUACUUUCUGCUUUUUCUUUUUUCUUUUUUUUUUUUUUUCUCAAUAAAGAAAUCAAUAGGUGGAAGUCGCUGGCGUGCAGGAUGUUAUUCAAUGGAUUUUGUGGUCGAUUUGUAAGACGUUGGUUUGCUUGCGGCACUUCUAGAUGAUUUCAUUUUAACGUAAGAAGAAUUUUGUUUGACAGGACAGUUAACUUAAUUGAACUGUUUGAAAGGUUAAAUUUAGACUUGCGUAACAGAUCUCGACUUGAAAUUUCCCGCGAUAACCUACACGUUGUCUUGAUCUGUAAAUUAUAAUAGCAUUGAGUUCAAUGGAUAAAUAAAACAAGGGUUUACAAAGGCGGUCGAAUUUCAAUGCUGGAAAUAUUAUUUUUAUGAAUUUACGUUCCCCUCGCGUAAAUUGUAACGUUCUCUGUUUAUAAUAAUAAUUUUCUAUUUGUAAUAUUUUCUGUUUUUAAUAAUAGGGCUUGAAAAGUGAAGUUUAAGCUUUUAUAUUUACCGUGUGCUGUUGUAAUUGUAAAUUUCUACAAAGUUUGCGAGGAAAAUGCAGUUCUGCGCAAGAACUUUAAAUUAUACAAUCCGAUAUUCGUUGACCACGACGAUUGUUACUGAAGAGUUACGUUAUUGAUAUCGAGAAUUUGUUGUUCGUUAGAUCGAUUCAGAGCCAAGUGUAAUUUAUCCGGGACAAACUACUUUGUAUUACUUGAAAUUAGUCCUAUUCAAAGUGAGGAGAUCCGCGAUAUAACUUGAAUUAAAUUUCCUCCAGAUUCGCUUAAUUAUAUUUAUAAUUACGUACAUUUAUUUGUUAUGAUUUCACGUUAUAUUCUUUCUGCGUUAAUAAAACUAUUAAAAAUAUUGUUUCCACUAUGUAUAGAUAAAAGAACGUUUCUCCAAUUACUUUCGAUGUGUAUUAUUGCCUGUAGUAGGAGAAAAGAAAAAAAAAAAAAAAGACCAAAAUAUCGAAAAAUACUUGAAACUAGAAACUACAAAUAUAAAACGAGAUACGCGUCUACGUCUACGCUAUAAUCCAUUAAUCUAUUAAUCUACUAACCUAUUCUCGUGCGAGAAGUUACCCCCGGCACGUUGUGUCACGGCGACGAGCUAUCCGAACACUUUACACGUCAGCGUUCAGUAGAUGAACACCGCGGUUUAUAUACAUCUAUAUAUCUGUAUUUCUGAAUAAACGCAUACUCACGGAUAGAACUUGAUGCACCUCGCACGUUGCAAUUCCACACACCCUGCUAUUUGUCGCUUACAAAGCUUCUUGUAUCUAAUAGCAUGUCAGGUGUUUCAUGCAUAUCCGAGUAAUAUUUAGCAUAAACGAUCGGGACGAUCGAGACGAAGAGAAGACGGUUUAAUGCCUUGUAAUUUCGUACUUCCGACAGUUCGUUGCGUAAAACCUUUAAUUUCAAUGGAAAACUUUUGGCUUCGGCGCGCGGAUGUCGGGUACUGAUGAAAGAUGUUUCGUGACGUUUGCCAACGAUUUGCGUGUGAACUUCCCGGUCGCUUCGAUCGUUGGAUACACGGAUCGUGUGGAAAUUGCACGGUGAAUGAAAUUCGUCGGAGCGCGCUCGAUGAUGGAACCGGAAAUGCGCUUUGCGUUUCCGCUAGGAAGUUCUCGCGAAUUGCCGACGAAAAAGAAUUUGUCACGUUGUGUGACACGGGACAGCGUCCGGGCAAUAAUCGCGUGUAUUAAAACGUGGUAGCUGCAGACUGAAUUACGAAGGUAAAAUGGAAAUUUGACAGAGAAAAAGAAAUACGUUGCAAAGGAAUUUUAUUUAAUAUACUAUAUAGGAUAGUAUUUAAUAUUAUAUUAUCCUUUUGAAAAAAAAAAAAAAGAAAAAUAAGGAAUAUGAAAGUGUAAAGAAAUUUCUUUUCAGGAAUAUUUAGUUUGUUAAGGAGUACACUUGACCUCGUUAUGCAGGAUAAGAGAAACUCAUACAUCCACUGCUUUUUUCUUUUUUUAAUAUGUAAAGUGUGCUUUCGUUUAAUUUUCUCUCAAGUUAAAUAAGGUGGGUUGUUUCAGCUUUUUCUUUUUUUUUUUGUAAAUAGGAUAUUUAAUUAAAGUGACCAAGGUCCCUUUAUACAUAUCUUUUCCUUUUUUUUGUGUGCGUGUGUGUAUGUGUGUGUGUGUGUGUGUUUACGUUAUUUUUAUAAUUCCUGUUAUCGAUAGGAUUUUCAGUCCUUUCACUGAAAUGGCUAUAUCUUUAUAUUCUAUUAUAAUUCAAUUUCUAUGGUAUAAAUAAUGAGUAUCUAAAUGUAUCAUAUACUAAAAGAACUAAUUUCCAAACAUCAUCGUCAUUCAUUCGUUCUAAAUUGUUCGUUCAUUUUUUCAAGGGAUUCACGAAUCAUUUUCCUUAUGCCAUAAAUCAUCUCAAUUUCAAUCAGAUUUCCAAUGCUUCGGUGUAACGAAAAAUCCUCUAUAAUGUACUCACAUUUUGCUUACAAUUGAAAUCAGAGAUGGUAAGAAUAAUUUAUCGCUGAAAUAUUGUUCGUUGAAAAAGGGAAAUAAUGAACAAGCUCUCAGAUAUCCGAACCAUAUUUAAUUCCUAAUUGACCGAGGGUCGUUAACAAAACAAAUGUUGGUUCUAUUUAAUAGUCGUCAUAAAUCAUGCGCCCUGUCGCUGUGCGCGCUAGUCUGGACUAUUUUCUCUCUUGGAACGCGAGUCCAAAUUGUAAUGGCCGCACAAAUUUUCCGCUCGAAACACAGCGAGUGCAUCCGAGACGAACUUUAUUUCGCAAGGUUCAUCCAAAUUUGGAUACGCUCUAAUUCCUACACUUUGGACAAACUUAAUUCUAUUUGUAAUCCUAUAUUUCUUCUAUUUUCAGUUUUUAAUAAAUUGCGAUGGAAAUGAUCUUAGUACUAUACUUCUACGUUCCUGUUCAAAAAUUUUAGAGCAUUCUUCACUUUUUGGAUAACACAACUUCGUACAUUCUUCUGCGGAACAAGAAUAUUAUAAUUAAUCCUCAAGUAGUAUUACUGGGGAUAUAGAUGAUUAUAGAAAUUUAAGUUGAGUUAUUGAUGCGAUAUUUAAUUUUAUUUUGAAUUACAUUUUCUUCUGAACAGAAAUUAGUAAUAGUAUUCAAUUCAAUAAAACAUUUCAGAAUUUGUUCCUAAAAUUUUUAUGAUCUUCAAUGAUAACAGUUUUAACAGAGGAUUGAUUAAAAUUUCAGCAGUAUAAAAAAAUAAUAUUAUGAAUAUUACGAAUAUUGAAAUUUUAACAUGCUCUAAAUUUUUUUUAGCUGGAAUCUAAACCUACGAAGCAUUUUCGUAAGGAUAAAAAAUCAUGAUAAAAUGUAUUACUUUUGGGUAGAAACAUACUCCAGUAUAAAACUUAAUUUUUAUAAUUUCAUAAUUUUAGAAUUUCAUUAUGAGAAGUCGAAAUAUCGACUCAAAGUAUUUAUCAGAAAAGUUACGAAGCCAAUAACUUGAGUCUUGGAAACUGACUAGGAAAAUUCUAAUUCAAAAUAACGAAAUUAAAAAUAAAAAGAACUCCUUUCUGAACACCUGAUAUUUCCAUAUUAUACUUUCAGAUCGAAUUCUUCGAUAUUUUUAAAUUUGAAAUUUGCCUUGAACUUAAGUUCGACAAAGAUGCAAGAUUCAAUAAUUUUGAAAAACAUGGAAUUAGAUAUUGGUAUUGUGUUAGUGUCGAUAUCUCUGUCUGAAGUAUACUUGGAAACAUCGACUACAAACAUCAAUCUCUGGACAUUGAAACUUCAAGGAUAGUCAUUUGAAAUAUAUUAUCCCUUUCUUUCGUUUUAUAUAAAUGAACAGACAGACUGAUCUUUGCGUUUAAAUGUAGUCAUUAUAGAAAUUUCGAUAUAAUUGUAAAUCUAAAUUUUUUAGGAGAAGUAUUGGUAAUUUGCACAAAGUAUUUAUGUACAUAAAUUGAUCGUAAUAUAAAUAUUAUUUCUGUUUAUAAAAAUUUAUAUUCUUAACAUUGCUUGUUAAGACAAUGUUUCACAAUAAUUACUUUCCUUUUCUUUUAUAAACAGAUAAACAAGGGGAUAAUGUAAAACUCAUUUUUUUGAGGCGACACGUUCUUUAUUUUUUACAUCGAUAUGCACGAUGAAUGGUACUACAAUCACAUAUUAGGAAGACUAUCGUUGAUUAAUACUGCAUUAUUGUAAGAAUAUCGAGGCGGUAUUAAUCCAAUUAACGAUUAAUUCAAUUCGAUUUAACGUGUAGCAUUAUAUCGUAGUAUUACGCUAAUAUGAAUUGUUUAUGUGCUAUUUACCAAUACUGCAUUGCGAUAAUACGUUAACAAUAAUUUACUGUCGUUUGAGGGGGAAAAUGUUCUGCUGCGAUAUCUCACAGAUUUCGAGAGUUACAAUCUAUAUAUUCUUAUAGUAUUUCGAUACUUUACCAGUGUUUAAUAUUUCAUACGUCGAAGGAAAAAAAAUCGUGUUGGUUUGCAACCCUUUCGUUACUAUCGAUGACUAUAAUCAUUCGUCGCUAUGCGUUCGUUACUAUGUUCACGAUCGUAGUUAAUCGAUAGGAUUCGCCAUGUUUCAUGAUUUGUAACACUUAUUUUUAAUACGCCGACUGCAAAUGGUUAUCUUUGUAAGUAGCAUGUAAUUAUAAAUAAAAUUUUACGAGGAAAGUCA